UGCCGCCCCUCGGACUCCAUUUCCCAGCGCGCGCGCGCGCCCUGCGGUCCCGGCCCUGCUGGCGGGAGGUGGCUCCGGCUCCGCUCUCGGUCCCGUUGCGCGUGAGGGGAGCCGGGGCCAUGAGCCGCCUGGGCUCGGUGCAGCGGAAGGUGCCCUGCCUGUUUGUGACGCAGGUGAAAGAGGAGCCCUCGGCUAAGCGGGAGCGCCAGUCAUUUAAAGUUUUGGCAACUGAAACCAUAAAUCGAAAGGCGUUAGAUGCAGAUAUAUACAAUGCAAUUCCAACUGAGAAGGUGGAUGGAACCUGCUGUUACGUAACAACCUAUAAAGGGCAGCCGUAUCUUUGGGCCAGGUUGGAUAGAAAACCCAACAAACUGUCUGAGAAAAGGUUUAAAAGAUUCCUGUAUUCAAUGGAAGACUCAAAAGAAUUUAUUUGGAAUAUUGAAGAAGACUUCAGACCUGUCCCAGAAUGCUGGAUUCCAGCAAAGGAAAUCCAGCAAUCGAGUGGAAACCCUUUGCCCGAUGAAAAUGGACACAUUCCAGGUUGGGUGCCAGUGGAGAAAAAUAGCAAACAAUAUCGCUGGCACUCAUCUGUUGUUAAUUAUGAGGCAGAAAUAGCCCUUAUAUUGAAGUGCCAUGCUGAUGAUCCUGGACGUUUGGAAAUCAGUUCCGUGCCAUUAUCAGACCUUUUGGAACAAACCCUGGAGCUUAUUGGAACUAAUAUUAAUGCAAAUCCAUAUGGAUUAGGAAGUAAGAAGCACCCUCUCCAUCUUCUUGUACCACAUGGAGCAUUUGAAAUAAAGAAUCCACCUAUGCUGAAGCACAGUGAUAUAUUAUCUUGGUUUGAAAGCUGCACAGAGGGUAAAAUUGAAGGAAUUGUAUGGCACUGUAAUGAUGGACAUUUAAUCAAGCUCCAUCGACAUCAUCUUGGUAUGUGCUGGCCAAUUCCAGAGACGUAUCUGAAUUCUCAACCAGUUGUCAUUGCUGUUAAUGGGACCAAAUAUGACUGUGACUUUGAACCAAAAUGUUUGUUUAACCAUUUUUCAAAGCUGGAUGGGCAAAGGUUCAGUAGACUCAAAGAUAUAAAGUUUGAUGUUUAAAGAGAAAAAAGAAUCUUGUCACAUAUGUACGAUUGUACCUCCUUCUGCUUUGCCUACAAUACAAGUGGAUAUUUUUGCAAAUAAUUGUGGCAUAGGUAGCUCUGUAGCUACAAUGCACAUGAUUGGGAUAAAUAUUAUCAAUAAUAUGAAGCAAAAGAGCAGUAAAGGCAAAUCCAAAAUGGAUCUCCCUCUCGUAGAUUUCAGCACAUUUGCUGUUUUGGUUUUGAAAGACCCUGAAAUGUUGAAGCUGUUAGGGCUAAGAGGAGGACAGUGUUUUUAAUGGUAGCUGCUUCCAGGGGCUUGUAUAGCGAAGCAGAUAGCGAUGGUUUUAAAAACAAACAGAACAGUCAGCUAACUUUUAGAGUUUCUGAAUUUUUACAGCCUGCAGUUUUAUUCUGAAGUCAGACUGCAACUCAAACAUUCUCAGGUUUAGGCUCCAGACUUAGGGCCCAAUGCUUUCUAUGAUAUCAGUGAAGUAACACAGAUUUAAAUCAGUAACUGAGACCAUAAUCAGGCCCUACGUUUUAAAAAAAUGUUUAAAAUUGUGACAAUUUUUUUUAUUUAGACAUUCCACACUAUUUGUAUACCCCCCCCGCCAUGCUGCAGUAGUGUACUAGGGCUUGAAAACCAAGUAGUGAAAUUGUUUACAUUAUCCAGUCUCUUGGGACACACUGUUUUUUUUGUUAAUAAAUUAGCAUAAAUAGUAAAAUGUAAACUCGUUUUAAUUAUUUUGAAAAAAUAGUCCAUAACCGUUUAGAAAAUAACUUUAUCAAGAGCAGCAUGUAAAGUAAUGUUUCAAAUACUUAACUUAGAAAAAUAGACAAUACAAAUUGUGUAUUCUCACAAUUUGGUUCUAUUUACAUCUGUGCUCUGCAUGUACCAAACAUCCACCAACACUAGAUCUAUACAAAUAUUGACAGUUUUCAAAUAAAUUAAAUUAGCUUUACAUCUAAGUACAAAAAAAGUUCAUUGCCUUGCUGAAGUACUACAAUUCUUUCUGUUAUGCAGCAGGUCUGGCUUUGAAGUCAAGGGCUUCCUCACCCCAGGAUUGCUCAAAUCCUUUGAUCUCCCCUGCUGUCAUUUCUGAACUAAAGCAUAAAAUAUGCAAAACAAGUGGGGAGGUGGUAAGACAAGUUUUCACAUUGAUUGCUAGAUCUAUUGGAUCUGAAGCACUAAUGACAAGAUUUUAGUAACUUUUUUGAAAAGUCUGCUGCUUCUCUCUCUCUGGUGUCAAACUAUUGUAACUUCAAUGAAGCUGGUCCUAAUUCACAAUGGUGAGAAAUUAGAAUCAGGCUUGCAUAUAAGUGGUAUUACAUAUAACAGCCUACUGACUCAAUUUAGGUGUUAGUUCUUAAAAUACUUAACAUGGAUUUAAUCAAUAGACACAUUGGCUGGAAUAUCCACUUUAACACCAAACUGUUCAGAAAGCUUCUUUAAUUUCUCCUCCAAGAUAAUAUUUUUUUUCACUUCUUCAUUGUAGUUGUAUUUCAGAUCCUCAAUUUCUUCAAAAAAGGAAGGGUCAAAGUUAUCCAGUUCUCUUUUCAGUUGUUUGAUUUCUUCCUAAUAAAAGAAUUGAAUAUUACCAACUUACUACAAUUCAAGAUUCUACAUUCUGUUUUUGUGUCAAGGUGUAUAUAAAAGGACUAAAUGACAACAUUAA